UACCGGCAUCUCUCUUUUUGGUGUCUUCUUUUGGUCCGGCAAAGAUGCUUCAUGGUGCACAAAAAUGUACUAAAACUAUCACUACUUUAUCAGGCCGCUUGUGUACAUAUAUGUAUCGGCGGCCCUGAGUCUUCUUCACUGAAUCCCCAUUUCCUCCUGGAGCUGCUUUGCCAAGUUCACAUGGCUGGACUAGCUUCCCAGGUGAAGAGAUACUGUGACUGUUACAAGAGAUAUGCGGGCCAUUUGGAUGGAAAGAUGAGGUGUUUCCGCGGGCGCAUGACUGCUAAUUUUAGACAUGGCAUGGUUAUACCGUACAAGUUCAUCGACCAUUUCGGAGGAAAUAUCUCAAGGACCAUCGAACUGGAAUCCCGUAACGGCAGCAUGUACACCAUUAAAGUCUCCAAGCUUAUGAAUGAAACGGUCCUCCGGCGGCAUGGAUGGGAGGCAUUUGUCGAUGCGCAUGGCGUCGAGGAGAACGACUCGUUGCUGUUUCGCCACAUUGAGAAGUCGCGUUUCGAGGUCCUGGUGCUCGACUCCGAUGACUGUGAGAAAGUGCUUCCCUCUGCUGGCAUCAAAGUUGCUUCUUGUAAUGUUCAAGAAAGCGGCAGCAUGGAUUAUAUUGAUAUAUCAAGCAGCUCGGGUGAUGAUACCACAAGGUCGCCAGGGAGCCAACGAUUUGCUGCGUGUGAAAGAGGCGACUCGAGCCAUCCAAGAAAAACUGCUCUAAAAAACGACUCCUCGUCUGAGGAGGAUUCAGGAGAAGACACUGAUGCUGCUGAGGAACAUUCUGAACAUGAAUUAUCUUUUGAGCUAGAUGAUAUACGUCAGACACCUUGUGCAGGGCGCGCCUAUGUCUUGUCUCGGUGUGGUCAUCUGUCUGGAGCUCAGGAGGAGAGAGUAACUAGGUUUCUCCAGGAUGUUCGAGCUGAGACUCCGGUGUUCGUGGCCAUCAUGAAAAUGAGCACACAGAAUCGCACUAUUGUGAUCCCCAAGCUGUUUGCAGAGGAGCGCUUCCCGCGUGAGAGCCAGAACCUGACGCUGCAGCGCCUGGGCAAGAGCAAGAAAUGGCACCCGUGGUUUUCCAUCAGGAAGGAUCGAUGUGGGCACGUCCUCACCGGGUCUCGCUGGGUAGGCUUCCUCCGUGACAAUGGUGUGCAGGAGGGAGAUCUCUGCGUCUUCCAACCAGUGCAGGGCACUGGCACCAGGAGCAAAUUCACAGUCCAUCUGCUUCACGAGUCCUUGGGUGCAAGUGGAAGUACUGGUCCGAAGAAAAGAGUAGGAUGCACUACUACUCAUGGUAACACAAGGGUGAACUCGGGUGCCCCUGAAAGAGCGACCACUGCUCAUGGUCAUGGUGCAACAACAAUGGCAAAGGCGGCGCCACCCACCCCAACAACCCUCCGUGUCAACAAGCAGCACGAUGAUGGGUGCAACCAUGGUCGUGAGCGAGCACGCCAACAACCAAAGCCGCUGCGCCCCUACAUAUUGUCAUCCACCGCACGCCUGACUGAGGAGCAGGAGAGGGAGGUGGACCGGACAGCCCGCGCCAUUGGGUCUCGGGUUCCCGCCGUCUCGGUGAUGAACAGGAGCAGCGUCGGCGUGGGCAACGGGAUCUACAACGUAACCAUUUCCGGGGCGUAUGCUGCCGAUUACCUUCCGGACGGGGAGCGGGUUGCCGUGACGCUCGUGAGGAGGAAGAAAGAGUGGGAGGUCGAGAUGUGCACGCGCGGCGGCGGGCGGACGCUGGCGUGGGGCUGGCGUGGUUUUGCCCGUGACAACCGGCUGCGGGUGCAGGACGUGUGCCUGUUCCAGCCCAUGGAGAAGAACCGCAGGAGCCUUGCCAUGGCGGUCCACAUCAUCCGUCACUGUCGCAAGCGAAAGCAGUAGUUUCUCUUCUGUUUCAGCACACGAGGUCGAUUUGCCGCUGGUAGCUCUUCUGCUUGUAUUGUGUGUGCUUUUGGUGGUCUUGUGCUAGUCUGAAAACUUUGUUGGGUUAGCGGCAAGCGGAAGCAGUAGUCUCUCUUCUGUUUUAGCGCACGAGGUCGAUUUGCCGCUGGUAGUAGCUCUUCUGCUUGCAUUGUGCGAGCUUUUGGUGAUCUUGUGGUACUAGUCUGAAAACUUUGUUGGGGUAGUAGUAUGCAUGUCUGGCACUAUGGCUAGUGGCUGCUCUCCAGAACCUGUGUUUAUGAAUUAUGAUGGCUAACCAGCUGUCUGCUGUGCAAUUUAU